GUAUUUAGCUAAUUCUUCCACCGUGUACACGGUUAAAUUACAGAUUUACGAUAAAACCUGUAUCUAAUUGACCGAAAUGACGCCUGGAUAGGACUGUCGUCAUGUACGUGGUGCUUUAUUUUGGAAAACAAUUAGCGGAAGUGACCCCUGGUUUGUUGUAUAGUCGGUCUGUGAUGUUGCUGCGCGUCACGUGUCGCUUUAAGUUUUAAGUUUUAUGCCUCAAGUUAGAAAACAUGAGCGGCGGUUCAAACCAGAGGACUCUGUUCCAGACGUGGGGCUCCGCCGUGCCCCGAAACAAAUCCGCUCCACCGAGGCAAGAUGGCGAGAGAGCCGCUGGACGGCGCAGGACAACCCCGAGCAACUCUGCUCAGGUACCCGCAACACUUCCUCCUCCUAACCCCCUGUGGACUGAGAUAGGUCAGGGGUCCUCACACUCAGCGAGGACAGAGGAGCCCUGUGGAGAUGAAGAUGACGAUGAUGAUCUCAUGGUGGUUGCUGUCUACGAAGCUGAAAAGAGACUUGACAGUGCGAACUGUCCCCGAGAUGACAACCCUGCAGGAGCAGAGGUCAGUGCCCGGUCUCCAGCCCCAUCAGCUGGGCAGACAUACCCGGACCUCCCCGGCUUUGACAGCUCCUCGGCUAAAGUGUGGAUCUACCCCACCAACUACCCCAUCAGGGAGUACCAGCUGAAGAUCUCAGAGGCGGCUCUGUUCCACAACACACUGGUGUGUCUGCCCACCGGUCUGGGAAAAACCUUCAUAGCCUCUGUGGUCAUGUACAACUUCUACCGCUGGUAUCCAUCGGGGAAGAUCGUGUUCAUGGCCCCCACCAAACCCCUGGUGGCGCAGCAGAUCGAAGCCUGUUAUAAAGUGAUGGGGACCCCUCAGACCCACAUGGCUGAGCUGACAGGCAGCACAGCAGCAAAGCAGAGACAGGAGGUGUGGAGGUCCAAGCGCGUCUUCUUCCUCACCCCUCAGGUGAUGGUGAACGAUUUGUCCAGAGGCACCUGCCCAGCUCAGCAGGUCAAGUGUGUGGUGAUCGAUGAAGCCCACAAGGCGCUGGGCAACCACGCUUACUGUCAGGUGAUCAGACAGCUCGGCAGCCAGACUGUGCAAUUCCGCAUCCUGGCCCUGAGCGCAACUCCAGGGGGAGAUGCAAAGUCGGUGCAGUCGGUGAUCUCUAAUUUGCUCAUCUCCCACAUCGAGCUGCGUUCGGAGGAAAGCCCCGACAUCCGGGCCCACUCCCACCAGCGCAGCGUGGAGAAAGUGGUGGUUCCGUUGGGACAGGCCCUCUCUGCUCAGCAGGCACGCUACCUUCAGGGGUAGACCAUAAACGUGCAGCUACAUUUUGAAUCUGUCUCUAUUGGUUGGACAGCUGGAAUGUGACGCCUGCAUUUGAGAGUUUAGACCUGCUUUACAUUCUUCCCCCCUGUCUGAUUCCUCUCGGAUGGUUUUGUAAUAAUAGUCGGAGCUCGUCCUUUUACUCGGCGGUCACUCUGUGUUUUCGUUUUUACACCUUCUCUUCAUGUUACCUCCAGACUGGAAGGUGUCUGCGCCCUGCUCGUUAACCUUCAUGUCUC